CCAAAGUUCGCGCCUUUUUAAAUGGUGACUCGUGACUCAUUAAUUUUAGGAUUAUAUUGCUUUUAUAACUUUUAAGGGAUGAGUUCUAUACUGGCGCCCUUAACGACAGGGCUGGGGGUAGCGGCCACCACCAACAUGGCCAUGAUCCUGCCCGCCCUAGUCGCAGCCAUAGCCUACUUCCAAUUCGAUAUUAUGGACCCGGAAUCGAAAUUAAACGACGUGGAAACUGACUCCCUUUACACCUCCUACGACUUCAUAGUGGUCGGCGCCGGAUCUGCCGGCAACGUCGUUGCGAAUCGUUUGAGCGAAAUCGGUCAUUGGAACGUGUUGCUUUUGGAAGCGGGAGGCGAUGAAACGGAAAUAUCUGAUGUACCCUUGAUGGCUGCGUAUCUGCAACUCUCGCAAUUGGAUUGGAAGUACAAGAGUGAACCGUCGGGCACGUUCUGCUUAGGCAUGAAGAACGGAAGAUGCAAUUGGCCCAGGGGAAAGGUUAUCGGCGGCUCCAGCGUCCUGAAUUACAUGCUGUACGUGAGGGGAAACAAGAAGGAUUACGAUACUUGGGAGAACCUGGGAAAUCCGGGAUGGGGAUACAAGGAUGCUUUGUAUUACUUCAAGAAAUCUGAGGACAAUCAGAAUCCGUAUCUAACGAGCACCGGAUACCACGGGACCGGAGGAUUUCUGACUGUAACCGAAGCUCCGUAUCAAACACCCCUGGUUACCAGUUUUAUUGAAGGCGGAAGACAAUUAGGAUAUGAAAACAGAGAUAUUAACGGUGAACAUCAAGCUGGAUUCAUGAUCGCACAAGGAACGAUCCGUCGUGGUUCGCGUUGUUCAACGGGCAAAGCCUUCUUGCGUCCGAUUAGGCUGAGGAACAAUCUGCACGUAGCAAUGCACGCUCAUGUGACCAGGGUACUGAUUGAUCCAUCUACGAAGGUGGCUUUCGGCGUGGAGUUUGUUCGUGACGGUAAAUUGCACAGGAUUAGGGCGAAGAAGGAGGUCAUCCUAUCCGGAGGCAGCGUAAACACGCCGCAAUUGAUGAUGCUCUCCGGCGUUGGUCCAAAAGCGGACUUGGAGCACUUCAAGAUCCCGGUGAUCCAGGACCUGAAGGUCGGUCACAAUCUGCAGGACCAUGUCGGCCUCGGCGGUUUAACCUUCCUGGUAAACAAACCUGUAUCGAUUACGCUGGACAGGGUUUACGCUGUUAAACCUGUAAUGCAAUACGCCGUCUUCGGAAACGGACCUUUGACCAUCAUGGGAGGAGUUGAAGGUUUGGCUUUCGUUAAUACAAAAUACGCAAACGAAACGGACGACUUCCCAGACAUCGAAUUCCAUUUCGUGUCUGGAUCUACAAACUCUGACGGCGGUCAGCAGCUGAAGAAGGCUCACGGAUUAUCAGAUAAUUUCUAUAAACGCGUCUUCGAGAGGAUCAAUAACCAAGAUGUAUGGAGCGUACUGCCGAUGCUGCUGAGGCCGAGAAGUCGCGGUUUCAUCAAGCUGCGCAGCAGAAAUCCGUUCGACUACCCGUUGAUAUAUCCGAAUUACUUCAAGGAUGAUUUCGAUAUGAAGACGUUAAUCGAGGGCGUCAAAAUCGCCGUGGCUUUAAGCAAAACUCCAGCCUUCAGACAGUACGGUUCAGCACUCAAUAAAUUCCCCGACUGCGCUCAUCUGCCGGAUUAUUCGGACGCGUUUUAUGAGUGCAUGAUCAGACACUACUCGGCAACAAUCUACCAUCCGGUGGGCACGUGCAAGAUGGGCCCUUAUUGGGAUCAGGACGCAGUCGUCGAUCCGCAAUUAAGGGUCUACGGUAUCAAGAACUUGAGGGUCAUCGAUGGUUCGAUCAUGCCGAACCUGGUGAGCGCCAACACGAACGCACCGAUCAUCAUGAUCGGCGAGAAAGGAUCCGAUUUGAUCAAAGAAUUCUGGCUGAAGCGAAGCUGAUCGCUCCAAAGUUUUUAA